AUGGCCGGCGCCGCGGGCCUUCUCCCCGUGCUCGUCCUCGCAGCGUUGCUGCUUCAAGCGCCUUCCACCGCGUCCGCCCGCCUCUGGAUCUGGAACGGCGGCCUCGUCCCCUUCAUCCCGGAGCAACGCGCAGCGGAGGCCGUGCUCACCGCCGCGGAGUCCGCCAGAGCGACGGGGCCUGCCGCCGGUACCGUCGCUGCUGGCACGGAGACGGAUCCGCCGCUCUCGCCCCCGCCAGCAGAAGUGCGACGUGGGGGCCUGCUGUCGAUCGCGAACGCGUUUGACAAUCACUACGUGUACAAGCACAUCGCCGUUGACUCGCCGGACCAGACCAACCUGCCGAGCAGCAUCGAUAUUGUCGCGGAGCUGAGAAAGAUCGUUGCGAACGGCGAGAAGGGGAAGUACUCUCGGCUGGUGGACGCGCACAUGGCGGCGUACACAGCGACCCUGGCGCUCAACGAUGGGCACAGCAUGUUCGUACUGAAUUGUUUCCUUGGGACUUACGACUUGCCGUUGCCACUCAUGGUUGUUGUGGAAGACGGGAAGCAGAUCAUUCGCGUUGCACCACGCCGAUGUGCCAGGCGACUUCGUGCGACGAUCCAUUGCUCCCGAAAACAACACCCUAUUGGUGUCCUUCGCAACAACGGAUGGAGGCUCAACGGAGGACGUACAGGCGCUGCCGCUAGCGACACCAGCAGCCCGCAGGCAACCACGCUCACUUCCAUCGGCCAUAAGGCAGACAUUCCAGUGAUGGACAAGUCUCUCAAGCGCCACCCUGAUCCAGUGUACUACGGCGAUACCAGCGAUGACAGCGACGACCUGAAUGUCGAGAUUGCGUCGCUUUCUGCAGCGGCAGAUGGCUCUUCUGGUGCAGUAGCGGGGCAGACUGUAUACCUGGUGGGCGGAAGCACGGCUGUGAUCUGGAUUCACACAUUCACUCCCAGUGAUGCAGUGUCAGAGGUGCUGGCGGAGAGAAAUGUGAAUGCGGAGAAGUACAUGGUGCAGGAGGUCGCCAAAGCUCUUCUCACCGCGGCAGCGUCAGUACUCCUCUUGCAGCCCCCCUUCCUUCUAGGCUUCUACUUCCCCCACCAGUCCCCCUUCCUUCUACCCCUUCCAGUCCCACUUCCUUCUACCCCUUCCAGCCCCCCUUCCUUCUACCUGUUCCAGCCCCCCUUCCUUCUACCCGUUCCAGCCCCCCUUCCUUCUACCCGUUCCAGCCCCCCUUCCUUCUACCCCUUCCAGCCCCGCUUCCUUCUACCCCUUCCAGCCCUCCUUCCUACCCUGCUCUUUGUUUCAUGCUAUUCACCUGACAUUCUGACCUCAUCACUUUCCCACCCACCCUCCUUUCCCUACUUGCUCAUUCCCCCGUGCCUCUGUCCAUGUGUUCCCGCACACGUCCCUUCACAAUCCCCCGAUGCCUUCCCCCACGCUCCCCACCAUGCCUCUCUCUUCAGAUCCAACGCCACUCAAAUCAUAAUAGACGUGCGUGGCAACGGUGGCAGCCACACCGCAGCAGCAUACACAGCCAUCCGCCUGCUCAUGGGGGCAGCCAAGGUCCCGGACUCGGAAUUCUCCAUGCCCGUGGAUUUCAUCAUCGGCACCCCGUACACCGAGAAUGCCAUCAGCGCUCUCUCCCUCGAUCCCAAUACGCACUACUACUACAGAGGAUACUCCGACCUCAACGGAACGACACUCACAAGCGCCUUUGACUACGCUCCUUUUCGCAAGCUCCGCUUCACAGUAGUCUUAUGCUGA